AUGAAUGAGGGGAUAUCUAAUGAUACUAAUUGUGGAGAAGUUGGGGACUUUGAAAUUUUAGACUUAUUAAGAGAAUCUAGGAAAAGGGCAGCUAGAAAUAAUACUCAAGUUGAAACUGAUACUAAAGAUGAUGAUGAUAGUAUAGAAGAUGAAGAUAAUGUAAGUAAGGACUUUGUGGAGGAUGAAGAUGGUGAAGAAGAAGAAGAAGAAGAUGAUGAUGAUGAUGAUGAUGAUGACAAUGAUGAUGAUGAUGACGAUGAUGAUGAUGAUGAUGACGAUGAUGAUGAUGAUGAAGACGAUGAAGAUAAUGAUGAUGAACUUGAGGAAGGAGAAGAUGAAAAUGAGGAAGAUAAUAAAAAUGCAAAUGUUUCAAAAUUGCCAGAAUUUGAAAUAGAAGCUGAAUUAGCUAGAAAAUAUGCUGAAGAGGCAGAAGGCAAAAGAAAAUAUGAACUAUUACAUAAAAAGAGAAAAAAUGAAUUAACUAAUAAGCGUGAUUCAGCAUUAAUAGAAUUAAGAAAUGCAAGGAAACGAAAACAUAGAGACUUUUCAUCUUCUGAAUCAAACUCAGAUACUGAAUUAGAAUCAGAAAGUAAUUCUAUAAGUGAACAUGAUUCUGAUGCAAGUGAUUAUCUAAAAUCUAAAAAAAAUAGAAAUAUUAGAAAACAACAACGUAAUGACAACUUGUUUAGUAAUGAAAAAGCACAAGAAAGAUUACUUAAAAGAUGUGAACGAAUAUUACAAUCCAUAUCAUUAAGAAUGAUGGAGGCUGUUCAUCUUAAAAGAGAUCGUAUUGAAUUUAUGUUAGAGCAUCCAAAAUUUGAUGAUUACUUACGUGGAAGCUAUGUUAAAGUUCCAAUAAUAAACAAUGAAUCAAAUGUAACAACAUAUCUUAUUUGUGAAAUAUCAGAUGUUUAUAUUAAUAAUGAUGGAGGGUGUAUACUUAUUUUACGUAGAGGAGGAAUGGAUAAGGAGUGGGAUUUAUCAAGUAUAUCUAAUGAACCAUUUUCUGAAGAGGAUCUUUUAGAAUGGAAAGCUAUGGUUAGAGAAUUUAAUAUAUCUGAUAUUCAAUCUAUAAUUAAUUUACCUAAGAAUUUAGAAUCAAAAGCUACUAUGCUACGUAAUUUUCAGUAUGGUGAUGAUGAUAUAGCAUUUAUAUUACAAGAAAAACAUCGUAAUUCUUCAUUAAAUAUGAUAUCUGGAAAAGUACUUAUAGAAAAAAGGACAAAUAUUCAGACUCAAAUUCGUCAACUUGAACAGCAGCUUAAAAAUAGUUAUUUAAGUACAAAUGAUAGGAUAAUUAAAGUUAAGAAAAUAGAAGAAUUAAAUGAAGAACUUGAUGUAACAAUUAGUAAUAUAGAGAAAUUACAAUUAAGGAAAGAAUUAACACACCCUGAUAAAUCAUUAAAAGUUACUUCAGCUCAUUAUAUUGGGGGUCAACAAGGGAAGGGAAGUGGAAUUAUAGAUGCUAGUGGUAUGGCAAAACCAAAGAAUACUAUUAUAAAUAAUAAUAGUAUGAAUACAUCUGCUAGUAAACUACUUACACCUGGGACAUCUUCUACAUUAAUACGUGAUUCAGGAAGAAGUAAUUCUAUUGGUAUUAUUUCACAAUCAAAGACAUUUGGUAGGAGAGAAUGUAGGCCCUCUGUAAUGUGGGAAACUAAACGCAUAAAUAAGAAUUUAAGGUUAGAUGAUCAAUCGGUUAAUCAAUCAUCUAAUUCAAUUCAAGAAGUAUUAAUAACAAUAGAUGAUCCAACAAGAGAAACUGAAACGACAGAUAUACCUGGAAUUUGUAAAGUAGAGAGUUAUCAAGAAGUAUUUGUUAAAAUUUUUGAAGAAAUAAGUAAGAUAAAUAGAUCAUUAUCUCCUAUUUCACAAAAAACUUUACUACCGAAAUUGGAUAAUUGGUUACCAUCUAAUCUUAAUAUUGAAUCUAAAAAUGGUAAAAUUUUAGAUACCUUAGAAAAUUUUAUUAAUAUAUUAAAUGUAUAA